GUGAAUGUUCGUUUCCCGAUUAUACUGUAUUGGCAACUCUUUCGCUGAGAAGUGUUAACUGUUCUGUUGAUAAACAAAAACUAAAUUUUUAAAAAUAAAGUAAGGAUGGCACCCGUAGAGGUUGAAAAUACGGGGGUGGAGCCCCAGUUACGGAAUCUAACAUUGUCGGGUCACGUCGGCUUUGACAGCUUACCAGAUCAGCUGGUUUCGAAAAGUGUCCAGAAUGGAUUUAUCUUUAACAUCAUGUGUAUUGGUGAAACGGGACUUGGCAAGUCGACUCUGAUGGAUUCCCUUUUCAACACCAACUUUGAGUCGAUGCCAAGCCCACACACUCUGCCCACGGUAAAGCUCAAAGCUCACACUUAUGAACUACAAGAGAGUAAUGUGAGACUCAAGCUUACCAUAGUGGAUACUGUGGGGUAUGGCGAUCAAAUCAACAAAGAGGACAGUUUCAAGGCCAUUGUCGACUACAUAGACGCCCAAUUUGAGAAUUACCUGCAGGAGGAGCUUAAAAUUAAGCGAUGCCUGUCGUCUUAUCACGAUUCUCGCAUUCACGUGUGUUUGUACUUUAUCUGUCCCACAGGUCAUGGUUUGAAAUCAAUCGACCUGGUAUGCAUGAAAAAGCUCGAUCAAAAGGUCAAUAUCAUUCCUAUUAUUGCCAAAGCGGACACCAUUUCGAAAACGGAGUUGCAAAAGUUCAAAUCCAAGAUCAUCGGGGAGUUGCAAAACAACGGGGUGCACAUCUACGAGUUUCCCGUCGACGACGAGUCAGUCUCUGAGAUCAAUUCCACCAUGAACUCCCAUAUACCCUUCGCGGUGAUCGGGAGUACCGAUUUCGUGAGGGUCGGCAACAAAAUGGUGAGGGCGAGGCAGUACCCUUGGGGUACCGUCCAAGUCGAGAACGAGACCCAUUGCGAUUUCGUCAAGCUGCGUGAGAUGCUCAUCAGGACCAAUAUGGAAGACAUGAGGGAAAAGACGCACUGUCGCCAUUACGAGCUGUACAGGAAGAAGAGACUCGAGCAGAUGGGCUUUUCCGAUGUCGACGCCAACAACAAGCCUAUAAGUUUUCAGGAAACGUUCGAGCACAAGCGUUCCAACCACCUGCAGGAGCUGCAGCAGAAGGAGGACGAGAUGAGGCAGAUGUUUGUAGUCAGGGUCAAGGAAAAAGAGGCGGAGCUUAAAGAAGCCGAGAAAGAGCUGCACGCGAAAUUUGACAAGCUGAAGAAGGACCACACGGAAGAGAAGAAGAAAAUCGAAGAGUCGAGGAAGAAGCUAGAGGAUGAGGUGGUGGAGUUUAACAGGCGCAAGGCGCAGUAUCAGCAGAUGGGUAGCUCCAGCCACCACACCUUGACGCUAGGGAAAAAAGUGAUUCAAAAGUUUAUGUAAAACGAUACGGAGACGGGCAGGAUGCGCUCUUAGAACGAGUUCUAUUUAUUUAUAUUUUUAGCGUGGUGGAUUGUUCUUAAUAUUGAUGAAUAUUUAUUGUUGUUAGAUAUUGUUCAUUAUAAAAAGAAAAGUUGGAAUAUGUGUUAUUUUAGCACCCCAUCAUAGUGUCUUCUCAGUAUAGAUAUUUUUUAUUUUGAUUCUUGAGUCAUCCAGUCAAGUAGAGCAGAAAAGAGUAUAAAAAAGAUCUUCUAUAAUAAACCUAUAA